GAAGAACGACGUCCGUUUGGGACACCAACCGACGAGAUGGCCGAGAUGGAACGGCUCCGUUGGGGUUGGAAAUAUGUGCAUAGAUCUUGGAGGGCGGACAACCGCCCUCUAUCAGAACCAAGAGAAAGAACACGUGGCAGGCGUUGGUGGCAGUGGCGGCUCCUCACCAGAGGCGAAAUGUCGCUCGAGCCGCAGCUCCACCAUGCCGGACAGCUCAUUGCAUCCCUUUUUUAAGUCCCAGGUCAGCACAUGCCUCACGAAAGAAGAGAGACAGGCAGACUGCGGACGAGGGAUGGGUGGGCUGCUGCGACAUGACAUGUGUCAUGGUCACCCCAAUAUACGAUACCAACUUGCCUUGCCUUACGAAACGCGCUCCGCUUUGGACCUGCCAUUACUUAGUUAUUGCUUCACAGCUACCCACCGGUUAGUUUUCGACAGAUUCGUCGUGCUUUGGUCACCGCCCGUGGCUCCAACGGACGGUCCCAUUCGUUUGUCGUUUCCUCCCGCGUCCCGUCUCAGCAGCGAUCGAAUGUUGCUGCACCCUAUCUUCUCCCACCCGGUCUGACUGACCCAGCCUGAACUGACCCGAUCUGUCCUCCUCUCACCAGCACACAAACACACACGCGCACACACCAGGACAAACGUCGGAAACAGAUUAGCAGCUCCUCAAGAACCCGAGCUACGCCUGGCAGUAACAUCAUUAGCCUGUGGUCGUGGGACGCCCCUGGCCAAAGGAACGCACCCACCUACUCCAAUCUGACUAUCCGACUGGUCAAAGGGGUCACUCGUCCUCAAUGCCCCGCGCCAUUGGCGGACCCGCUCGUCAAAGUGGAUUGGCAGGACCCAUCCCCCUUAUCCCUUCCCUGUCCGACAAUGCGAGUCCCUCCCCCGC